UGGGGCAGAACGGGGCCUGCGAUUAUCGCAGCCCUGCACGCGGAGCGGCACGAACCCACCGCUGGAGGCCGGCCGGGGGUCGGCGGGCACGGAGCAGCGCUGCCGGAACAGCCGUGUGCUGUGAGUGCUUAAGAUGCUGUGGGAGAAGAGACCCAAGGCCUCGUACGGUUUGGCUUGGCCAUCCAGAGAAGAGAGACCAGAGAUACCCCCGCAAUGUUAUCAACAACCAGAAAUACAACUUUUUUACGUUUCUCCCUGGGGUGUUAUUUAACCAGUUCAAAUACUUCUUCAACCUUUACUUCUUGCUCUUGGCCUGCUCUCAAUUUGUUGUUGAAAUGAGGCUUGGUGCACUCUACACAUACUGGGUUCCUCUGGGAUUUGUGCUCGCCGUUACCGUCAUCCGAGAGGCUGCAGAGGAGAUCAGGUGUUACAUGCGCGACAAGGAGGUGAACUCCCAGAUCUACAGCAAGCUCACGGGGAGAGGGACUGUGAAGGUGAAGAGCUCUAACAUACAAGUAGGAGACCUCAUCAUUGUUGAAAAGAACCAGCGGGUCCCUGCUGACAUGAUCUUCCUGAGGACAUCGGAGAAGAAUGGGUCUUGCUUCCUUCGCACUGACCAGCUGGACGGUGAGACGGACUGGAAACUGCGGCUGCCAGUUACCUGCACCCAGAGACUGCCGACCGCCUCUGUAAGCUGCCUGCUAAACCUAUUGUUGGGUGGAGAGGUAUCGGUCAGCUGCCUGACAGAUGUUCCUCUGCUUCAGCUAAUGGUUUGGAGAAACGAGUGAACACUGUUUUGCACAGGACCGGUGCGCAGUGCAGGUUAUGAAUUGGGGCAGGGUGACGCUGGGUGUCUGUGCCACGUGGCUGUUGUGCAGAGCUGCAUGCGAGGCUGUGCUGACCCUGCAGCAGGACAUGGCUCCUGGGGAAGGCUGCUCUCCCCUCCAGAGAGCACUGCAGUAACUCAGUGCAGGACAGGUACUAUUGCAGGAUAGGUGCCUUGUUGCUGGGACACCUGAAAUGCUCCCUUUCGUCUCCUGGAUUGCAGUAUACUUAGAGACACAACCCAUGCAUUUUCAUGAAAUGGCUCUGGAAGUUCAUGGCUCACCUUCGUGAAAGGAGGAGUGACCAGUGGUGCUUCCCUGUAUGAUCUGAAACAAGCGUUUAGCCUCCACUAAAUGUGCUGUUUCCCAGCCAAAUUGCUCUUUAGCUAAAGUAGGUUAGUCUGGCUGAGUACUCUCUAGCUGAAGUAGUUUGUCUUCAAAAUAUAUUA